AUGGACCUUCGCCACCGACCGUUGGCAAGUGACGGUCCAGCAGGGAACUCAGCAUUCGCAACGUCAACGAUGGCGGCGCCCUCUUCAACGAUUAAGCGUCCAGCGACCCGGACACUGGCAUCGCGAUCAUCACUAGCCCUCGGCGCACCAAGCGCACAGAGGAUGUCGUUGGCGGGAAAUGGGACUACGCUGUCCGCAUCAGCUGCUGGCUUGGGCUCGGCCACGGACAGAGGCACAUCUAAGCGACGAAGCCUUCUUCAUGGUCGGCCGACUGCUGAACCGCUGAGUGGGGGUCGAGCGGAUGGAGGAUUGUAUGGGCGAACGCCACAGACGGCGCGAAGUUUGAGGUGGGAGCCGGCCGACGCAACCGCUAACAAUAGCUCGAGACGACCUUCUGCCGCUCAAUCUUCAGGUCGAUCGUCAAUUAUGCCCGGUUACGGCCACUCCUCCAAAGACUCGCGACCGGUUCGGGAUCGCACCUUCCAGAGUGAAUGCCAAAGGAACAUAGAGGACUUUUUGGCGCAACGGGGGGUCCAGCUAGCUCUGAGCUCCAAGUGGCUUGUGUCUCCUACACAGCGCGAUUUCCAAACUCUUUUUCGAUAUCUGGUGGAGGAGCUCAUGGGCACUGGAUAUCCGUGGAGUAAGAAGGUGGAAGACGAUUUCAUUGCCAUUCUUCGAGACCUAAGGUAUCCUGCCAUGGACGGCAUUUGGAAGACCGCUCUAACCGCACCUGGAGGUUCGAACUGGCCCCACGUUCUGGCUAUGCUGAACUGGCUUGUCGAGCUGUGCAAGGUGAGUCGUUACAGGACAGCCACAAAAGGGCCUAACCACCAGGCGGAGGACAGUUGGCGAAACCAAGGCGUGGCCUCAGAUCCGCUUCUAUGCGCGCCGAGCGCCUUGCCGGUCAACCACCCACAAAUUGAGGAGCGGCUGCUCUGGCACUUCACUUCGAACAUGUACUACGAGUGGUUCCAUAACGGCUCCGGCCACUUUCCCGAGGCCGAGCGCGAACUAGAAGAAGGUUACGCCACAGUGACAGAAUGUGAGCGGUUGGAAGUUGAAGCAAGGCAAAAGGACGAGGAGUUGCGGCAGCUCCAAGCUCAGGAGGUCGAAGAGGAGUACAAUCAGCUUCUUGGUGACCGGGGUAAAUUUAUAGACUUCAUCAACAUUCAGCGGGGCAAGGCCGAGAAGAUGAAACUUGGCAUUUCAGUCAUGAGAUCAGCCAUCUCGGAGCACUGUGAGUUGGGAUCUACCGCCUCAGAGGCUGAUACUGUAGCUCAAAGCAUCGCUAUCGCCGAGAAUGACCUGAAAGAAGUGGAGGCCGCUGUGGCUGCUCAAAACCUCAGUGCCGACGAGGUCAGUCGCAUGAACCAUGAGCGGGAAACCUUGUCGCGUAACCUAGAGGAGUUGCGAGGCAAGUUGCAGCAGGCACGGCAGCACUGUCUUCAUCAAGAGAUGGAGGUCACCGAAGCCAUGGACCGCUUGGGCGAUCUGCAGCAAAGCUAUGCAUCUCUCGGUCACCAGAUCGGAUGCUUGGGGCCAUCCUGCAAGAAGCGCUUUGUCCCUGACGAAGGAGGCGUUGACUGUUCCCUCGACGUGGAGCUUGGUUCCGGAGACUUGGCGAGAUUGAGUCUCGUCGGUCAGUCCUGGAAUAGGAUUAUCCGCCCAGCCCUUCAGGACUACGGAGACGACUAUCAAAAGGAAGCGAGGACACUGCAGCAUGAGUCGAUUGCCUUGGAAGACAUGCAGGAUCGAAUCGCUCAAGUUGUCGAACAGCAAAGGGCGGAUGCCGCGGCUCGCGAGGUCAAACUGAAGCUCAUUCAGGACCAAACUGAGGAGGAAAAGAAUGUGAGGACACAGCCUUUGGUCGCGUCAAACUAA